CGUAGCCGUGUCUUUGAUUUUUGUUAAUUGAUUUCACCUGUGUUAGUUACUCACCUGGUCUCAUCAGCUCCUUAUUUAGUUCAGUUCAUACGUGUUUGUGCCUUUGUCAGGUAUUGUUUGUUUUGACUCUACUAAGCCUUUUCCUAGCGCGAUUGUGAGAACCAGUUAUAGCCUUCAGUCUUAGUUUUGAUUCACAAGCCUGUUCCCUUACCUGUGUAUGAUCAUUGCCUGCUUGUGACCACGAUUUCUGCCUUCUGUGAAGGUGAAAAAAAUACCUGCUGUGCUCUGCACGUGAAUUACAAUACCCAAGGCAGUGUAAACAAGCACAGCUGUAGUCGGUAUCGUCUGGCAAAGCGAAACACUAAAGUAUUAAUUCUCCAUAUUGCAUACCUUUUUUGAGAUUACGUCAUUCCUGAAACGCCCUCUUCGCGGACACAACAAACAAGAUUCUCAUCUCAUUCACCACAACUGAAAAAGGGACCUUUUCUUGCAGCCGACCAGUAGAAACUGGUUUUGUGUUGAGCAGACUCAAAACAGAUUCCAGAUCAGCUACUUCUACCCUACAUGCAUUCCCCCACAUGGCCCCCGAGCCUUGUAGCUGGUCCAGAGACAGUGUCUAAUUAACAACAAUAUCACAAUUGAAUCACUAAUAUGUGAUUUCUGUAUGAAUAAUACUCAUAAUGUUAGUGACAAGUUAUGUCAUUUUUUAUUUUAUUUUUUACUUUUACAAUGAAUGUUAAAGGGGCAGUUGAAAAAACAGGUGAUCCUGCAGUUCUAAAAGCCUACUAUAGUGUCUCUUGAAUAUGAAAGUGAAACUGUUUCUGAUAAAACCAUCUCUUUUCCCUCAAGCUGUGUACUUUUUCACUUUCCUCUGGACAUCAAAGAAGGUAGUCAGAUUUCCUUUCAGUAGUUAUCUUCCAAAAGGAAUUCACACAUCAUUAUGGUUCAAGAGGUGCCAAGGAUGAUGAGGUACUACACCAUCACCACUGGCAAUACUAUGGAUUCCCAUGUCCAAUUUAUGAGACAACUUGGAGGAGGCUUCACUGAAGUGAUGUCACCAGAGCAGAGUGAUGUCAUCAUGGCUUUCUGUCCCAUCGUCUCUCGUGCUGGUACUGAUAUUGAGGCAGCACUGCAGCAGAUUCCAGAGGGUAAAGAUGUCAUUCUGGUAGUCCUGCAUCACUAUUUUAACCCAGAAUGCACUGUACCUGACAGCAGCAGACUAGUGACCAGAAGUAAUGUAAUACUCACAGUGGAUUGUCUGUUCCAUGAGAGUAAGGGAGGACUACUGAACUGUCCUCGCAACAAAGCAGCAGUUGGUAACAUUCUGAACCGGCUGAACAGGAAGCCAGAGGUGGUAGAUAUCGGCAUGGACAUCCCUGAUCACAGAAACAGGCCACAUACAUUUCUUCAAGGGAUGUCAGGAAUGGUGAGAUUCUUCAUAUUUGUGGUUGGCAAUACCUUGGGUGCUCAUGUGGAUUUGACAAGACAUCUCGUCAUCAGAGGAGGCUGUACUGAAGUGAUGCCACAAGAGGAGAGUGACGUCAUCAUGGCUUUCUGUCCCAUCGUCUCUCGUGCUGGGACUGAUAUUGAAGCAGCACUGCAGCAGAUUCCUGCUGGGAAACCUGUCAUUCUGGUAGUACUGCACCACACCUUCAGCCCAGACUACACUGUACCUGACAGCAGCAGACUAGUGACUAGAGGUGAUGUAAUACUCACAGUGGACUGUCUCUUCCAUGAGAGCCAGGGACUAUUGGAGUGUCAUCGCAAUGAAGCAGCAGUCAAAGAGAUUCUGAAGAAGCUUAAUAUACAUCCUGAGACCGAUUCUGGAUCUGUCUGUAUGGGUCUGCUCAUGAUGGUGUGUUCCUGGAUCCUUGAUUGCAUCAGGGCAGUCAGGCGUUGUUGACAGAGAUCACCAUUUGCAUGUGUUGUUGGGCUCAUUAUGUUUAUUGUUCUUUUGUGUUUGGUGGUAUCUUUGAUUGUUUCUUUCUGGAAACAAUGAGGUUUAUCAUAAUAACCUAAUGGAAAUAGAGCAAGUAGGUCUAAACAUCAACAGAGGAAUAAACUGUAGAAAUUACACAGACAACACAGAUAAACUGAUUUAAAUAUACAUUAAAAAUAAUGAAUAAAGCCUAAUAAAGCACCUACUCUACAUCUAUCUAUCUAUCUAUCUAUCUAUCUAUCUAUCUAUCUAUCUAUCUAUCUAUCUAUCUAUCUGGAUAGUAUAUUAGUUUAAGAUGGCAUGAUGCUCAUGUAAUAUUGUAGGACUACUCUGAUAGUAUAUUCUGUGUUGUCACUUUGUUCUGCUUUGACUGCCCUUCUUUUAAAUAUUAAAGUCAUGAAAUUUCA